GCUAACCCCCACCCCCCGGGAGCAGACCUCACCCUUGGCAGCCUUCCACCUUCCGGAAGCUUCCUAGCCGAGUCAUCUGGGUCCGGACCAGCCUUUUCUUAAGGCGCCGGCCCGGCCUCUGCGCACUCGGCAGCUGCAGAAGCCCCGUGUCUGCGCUGCUCCUCCAACCCCUCCUCGGUCACCUUCCCACUGCCGCCCGCGUUCCGGCCGCGGGGACGCCCGGCGCGAGGGUCACCGAGCACUCUGCCUCCCCUUCUCUGCCGCCCGGUCUCUGCCUACCUAGCCCCUCCGAGCGCCGCAGCGCAGAGUCAGCAGCAUGCGGACCGGGCUCCCCCCGGCGCUCGCCGCCCUGGGCGCGGCCCUGCUCCUGUCGGCCGUCGAGGCGGAAGGGAUGGAGUGUCUCACCAGAGCGGAAGCCGACAUCAUGCUGUUGGUGGACGGAUCGUGGAGCGUCGGCCGGGCGAAUUUUAGAACUGUGAGGAGUUUCAUUUCUCGUAUUGUAGAAGCCUUUGAGAUUGGCCCCCAAAGAGUGCAAAUUGGCCUUGCUCAGUACAGUGGAGACCCCAGGACGGAGUGGCAGUUAAAUGCUCACAGAGACAAGAAGAGUUUGUUGCAAGCGGUGGCAAACUUACCCUACAAAGGAGGCAACACUCUCACAGGUUUGGCUUUGAAUUUUAUUCGCCAACAGAACUUCAAGACCCAGGCUGGCAUGCGGCCUCGCGCUCGCAAGGUUGGCAUUCUCAUUACUGAUGGAAAAUCGCAAGAUGAUGUUGAGGCACCGUCCAAGAAACUCAAGGACGAAGGCGUGGAGCUGUUUGCUGUUGGUAUUAAGAACGCUGAUGAAGGUGAAUUGAAGAUGAUCGCCACGGAUCCUGAUGAUAUCCACACAUACAAUGUGGCAGAUUUUGAGUCACUCUCCACUAUUGUUGAUGACCUCACCAUUAACUUGUGCAACAGUGUCAAGGGUCCAGGUGACUUGGAAGCGCCUUCUGACUUGGUUAUUUCUGAGCGAACUCACCGUUCUUUUAGAGUGAGCUGGAAACCUCCUUCGGACAGUGUGGACAGAUACAAGGUGGAAUACUACCCCGUUUCAGGAGGGAAACGCCAAGAAUUUUCUGUGAAUCGGCUGAAAACCAGCACAGUGUUAAAAGAUCUGGAGCCUGAAGCUGAAUACGUUGUGAAUGUCUAUUCCAUGGUGGAAAAGGAAUAUAGUGAGCCUCUGAAAGGCACAGGAAAAACCUCUAAGUGAAAUUAAGCACACACAUUUGCACAUACACAUGCAUGCAUGUGCACACACAUUUUCUUACUGUUUUAUUUUCCAAGAUAAAAAGAUGAUACCCAUGUGGGAUUUUUUGUCACCCUUUGAAAUCAUCUCUCAACUUAAUAUCUAUUCUAUGAAUAUUUACCAAGUGCCUUUUUUGUGUAAGUGCCCAAUAAACGCUAGAUGGUUACCCAGUCUUGCUGGCUGCUCCUGCCCCUGCAGACCCCACUCUUGGCACGUGGGGGCCACAGCCAUAAUUUAGGGGAAAUAAACCUUUAGAAGCAUUA